GCUGCUCACACGCUGCUCUCUUGUUCACCCUUACUUGCGUCAAUCCGGCCACGGUACUAGCAGCAAUGACUGCUGUCCGGCUGUCACCUUCUGGGAGUCUCCUUCGCAGCUCGAGGCUCUUUGCACUUCCUCCCGCCAUUCAUGGCCCGAAGGAAGGUGACUUUGGCUCCGACACAGCUACCACCGCCCACCCCCUCCGAGCUGCCCUCGAAACCCCCCUUGUAUCCUUGAAUCGGGGAGACUGGGGUCUCAAACGCCACUUGCCAACAAAGACUACCACCAAAUCCGGUACACCGACAUUCAGAAUAAAGAAUGGAAUUGAUACAGCGGACCACGUUACCGAUUUCGAAUCCGCAGCAGAUCAUGUCCUUACCUUGCGCAAGUUCCAGGAACUGAACAUCCGAACUGUCUUCCCUGUCAAGGACGACCGGUUCAAGCCUAAACUUACCAGUGUUUUCACGCCUGAAUUAGACAACACCACAGACACACCCUUCCAGAUCGAUGUCCAAGCGAAGUCCUCAUCACAAUUACCCGCGCACCUACAAGCCAGUUUGGAGCAGUUUGAAAAAGAUCAAACAGACUCAGCGGAACCUCAGGUUCAGCCUGUAGACCUCGCAUCAUCGAGCAUCGAUCCCGAAGCACCGAGAAGAUGGCGUUUCGCAGGUCCUUAUCUAGCAGGCAUUAGUGAGCUGGAAUUUAAUGCAUUUCUGGACAAGAUUACGCCUCAAAAGGUGAAAGAGUUCAAAGCCUUGAUUAAAUCCGAGCUCACUAGGAUUCGAACGCAAGAGAAGCGGUAUGAGCUAGUCGCUCAAGGCCGCGCAGAUGAACAGGCCGACGCAGCCAUCGAAUUAGGCGAUGAAGAUGUGGAACAGUACCUCAAAACCUUGCGAUCAGAUACCGCCAAAUUUGGCCCUCUGAUUGCGCAAUUUUUCGAUCUCGCAGAUGGCCCUCGGCCAGUCGGGGUGGAAGACUGGCCGUACGGACGUCAAACCUUUGCGGCCGAGCAGUAUAGAGAGUCCGGUCCUCCUGCUUUACAUCCCUCGGCCGGGUUGACUUACCACCAAGCGGUAAACUACACCAUCAACGAUAUCAAGAAUGGGCCGUUGGUGGGCAAUCGGGCCUUCCCCGCACGUAUCCUGAACUCCUACAAUAUCACCAACGACAUCAUUCAGCCUGUUGUCGGUGUGGCUGGGUUCGUCGCCCGACUACGAGAGAAAUCAUUCAGGAAGAGGUCAAUGGCCUGGGCAGCCGAAAAGGACGGGAAGAAAACGGUGGUUAGCCCGAAGUACGUGACCUUAAAAGAGGACGGUAGAGUACAGUUGACGGCGACGGUAAUGGAUGACUGGGUGUUGGAGAAUGACGAGCCCGUGCCCAAGUCAGAAAGCGAGUCUGCUCGGCGCCCGGAUGUCCUCCCUGCUGCUGCUGUCAACCGAUCCUCCAGAAUGCCUCAGCAAGACCGACGGAGAAGAGUCGUCAUUGACCAGAGUAUCGUCAACCACCAGGCGUAAAGCCACGAAGACGGCCAAAGCAUCAAUUCAAAUAGAGCUGGCCCAACGCAUACGGAGUCGUUAUGUAACAUAUUUGUAGAGACAUACAUCUUUUGAGCAUCCUUUAAAGACCUUGGCUAUCUUUGAAUGUGAUCCUCUUCAAUCGAAUGCAGGACUAGUCUUC